UCAAGAGAAUAACAAGAAGAAACAGCAUGCUUGUGGCUGUGAUGUUUCUUCCUGCCAGCUUUGUGGCCAAGAACAACAAAGCAAUGCAAGUGUGACCUUCAUGCAGCUGGCAGAGAAGCAGUCUCUGGACCUCUCCUGUCCCGUACAGCAGGAUAACAGUGGCCUGAUGAGCGUCCACCUGUAUCACCGCCGAGGCGACUCUCAGACUACCCUGCUGUCUUUGGAUCAAGGGGUUGACGGCGAGCUCAGGCUGGACCCCGACUACAAGCGGCGCUUGCAGCUGUCCGGAGUCCGCAGCGCCUCAGGGGUCAAGGUGACCCUGCUGCAUUUGCAGCCAGGCGACUCGGGGCUGUACGUUUGUGAGAAGCGAGACAACGGCUCACGGCAGAUCAUUCUCACACAGGAGGUUUUGUUGCUGGUUGAGGCCCCAGUGAGGCCAUGUCAGUGCUCUUCCAGCUACUCUCCACUACCCAUGACCAUCUUUUCUGCAGCGGGCCUCAUUCUGAUCGUGCUGCUGUGGCUUGCCAUACAAGAAUGUGUGAAGGUAAGGCGUUCUCCUCCCGCUGGCCCAGCUGCUGUUCAGGUCUAUGAGGAAAUGACCAGGAAGCAGCAAAACGCCAGCGUCCCCCGUAACAGACAGGAAACCCUGGAAGAGGUCACCUCUCCAUUGUAUGCGAACACCCCCGUGAGGCAAACACAGGACAACUACUAUGCUUGCCCAAGACAAAUCACCCUGAGAGCUUGAAUAGAAAUCUGACACAAGCGAUUGAAUUAGUGGAAUUUUUAAGACUUUUAAAAAGUCAGAUUUAAUGAUUUUGCUCACCGAGCAUUUCAUUUAGACCUGGGGUGCUCAGUUUUUUUGCUGCAAGAUAAGACUUUUCAAGGAGACAACCUCCCGCGAUCUACCUUCACAUAUAUUACUCACACAAAAUAAUUAACUAUGUACAUUUAAAAAUAUUUAUGGCGGAAAACACAGACAAGCUGAAAAAGCAGUUUCUGCUCUUGCACCCCUCUUUCAAAUAAACCGAUGUAUUUUAAGCCAAAAGAACUGUUGUGUUCGACAGAACAAUAUGUCUAUAUGUUGCCAAUAGCAGUUUCAUGGCCGAACUAUUCUUAAUAUUUCCGUUUUACCCUGGAGACCCCUAUUUACAGACAGUCUAAGCGCUUUUGUUUCAACCCAACCAUAAAAACAAGUAAAAUAUAUUUAUUAUUCGAAUUCUCUAUCAUUUUUAACUUAGAAUCACUAAUUGAUGUCUAAUAUUUAGUAAAAAAAAAAAGACUAUAAUAAUUAUUCACUCGUAUAUUUUAUACUUUUAAACAAAUUACGUCACAAUGAAAAAAAAAUAGCGUCUGUAAAUAGGUCACGGAUACCUGCCUCAUAACUAUCAGUUAAUUGUAUUUUUUUUUUGUUAGUCGCAUUUCUACGGAUAUUUCCGAUGAUAAAUAAUUUAUCCAAAAAAAAAAAAAAAAAAGUUUAACAGGGUAAAUAUUUGAAAAAGACAAUCUUGACCAUUCCUUGAUGUCUGCGAUUUCUGCAUUUCGACCCUUGUUAUAUUACAGUGUUUCACCCAUAAAAUCCCCAAAAAGUCCGGCUGUGGCCAUUCACAGCUGUGUCUCGACACCCGGUGAGACAUGCUACACGGAGUUUUUGGAUCAAAACAAGGUAAGUACACGAUAAUAUCUCGUUAAAAUCAGAGUGUCUUUACUAAUGCUCUCACUUUAAGUCAGUGUUUAAUUUUAUUAUUUUUUAAAAAAAUUCCCUCAUGUUCCAAAUUUUUCUUCCCACAGAAAAUUUAGAUUUUAAGCUUUCCAAUGAUGUAUGACACAUGCAUAUUGGACAAUUUUGAAAAUUGGCCAAAUUGGGGGUCUUAUAGCGGAACUUCAAGUCACCUGAGUGUUUUCCGCCAUAUAUAUUUUUUGAUACCAUGAUCUAGCCACACUAGCGUUUCGAUCGACUGGUAGAUUGCGAUCGACGUAAUGAGCAUCCCUGAUUUAGAAUUAUUCUUUGCUGUCCAUUCAUCUCAUUACAUAUUUCUUUAAUAAUAAAAAAAAAUACAUAAUAUUAGUAAGAUAAUUACAAAGUUUAAUUGGAAACAUGCUCUUAAAAAUGGCAUGAAUUAUUAUAUAAUUGUCAAAAUUGGUAAAAUUACAAUAUGUCCGGACAUGGCACUAAUUUUUGUGUGUCAAGAAAGAAUAUAUUUCAACACCAUACUGAAACUAAUAAUGCCAUAACAUAAUGGGAUAUUUGUAUUUAUAAUGUGGUAUAUGGUGUUAUGGUGUUAUACUUAUAUAGCGCUUUUCCACCUUUCAUCAGAAUAAGGUGAACUUCCUCUUUUUAGAAAAUGUAUAUGAUCAUCAUUGUGUAAGGAGGCAAUUUAUUUCCAUUGUUCAAUCUUAGAUAGGUGAUUUUUUUUUUUAAUAAAGGAAAAUAACUAUUUUCACAAACUAUUUACUAGUUAUUUCAUAGUACAUAUUGGACUUUUUAUAUAUGUGUGAAUUAUACAGUGAGGGGCAGACGUAUUUGCACCCCUUGUGAUUUUACAAGUUCACCCACUUAGAAAAUAGGUAGAGGUCUGAAAUUUCAAUCAUGGAUGCAUUUCAUAGAGACAAUAUACAAAAAAAUCCAGAAAUCACAUUGUAUGAGUUUUAAAAAUAAUUUAGUUGUAACUUACUGGGGUUCAUAAGUAUUUGUACCCCUGAGAAUCAGCAACAUAACACUCAAAGAGUUAUCAGUCUACCCUAAAAAAGCCUAACUUUUCCCCAUUAGUAACCACCCACCUACAACUGCUCAAUAUUGUCAUCUGUGCACUUCACAGUCAGUCAUAAUCCAACUGCUACCA